AUGCCAUCACCACUGGCAAAUGCAGUGGAAGAGGGCAAGGUUGAAGAUGUCCAGGAUAUUCUAUGACUGGAUGUGUGAGGCUGUUUAUACACAGCCAGGCGCGAGUCUCUGCACCGCUUAAAGGAUUCCAUGGCGCCCAUGUUUAGUGGACACUUUUCUCUGAAAGUGCAUGAAUCAGGAGCAUGUCUAAUUGGUCAAGAUGGAAACCUGUUCAAAUAUCUUUUGGAUUAUCUUCAUGGAGAAAUUCAGAUUCCUGAAGAUGAAAAAGUUAGAACUGCACUGCAGGAGGAAGCAGAUUAUUUUGGAAUCCCUUAUCCAUACAGUCUGUCUGAUCAUUUGGCUAAUGAAAUGGAAAUACACUCUUCAAGGUCCCAUAUAGAGCUUAAAAAGGCUUUGUUGGAUUUCUGUGAUUCUUACAAUUUAGUUUGCACCAAGCCAACAGUUUGGCUCCUGCACUGUCUCAACACUUCUGGAGCAAGCUGUGAAAGUAAAAUUAUUGGUAUGUAUGCCACAAGAGCUGAUGGGACUGAUUCAAUUAAUAAGGCACUAGGAAUGAAAAUUCAUGGUAAAAGCAUGUACAAAAGAGAAGCUGGAAAUAACAUCCAAUACAUCUGGAGCUAUUACUCAGUAGCUGAGCUGAAAAAGAUGAUGGAUGCUUUUGAUGCCUGCAAAGGGAGAGGUGUCAGCUACUGCAGAGUGCCUCAGGAGCUGAUUGAAUGUCAGACUCUGGAAGAAUGCCCCCGAGUCAGUUUGCACCAUAUGCCUCCAGUUUAUCAAAGAUGAUUAAUUGACUGUACUGAAGUAGAAAGCGGUUUACCAUGUAAAGUAGGUCUCCAGCCAAUUAAAUUCUCAGGUCCCUCAACAAGUACCCCCAUAAAAGUCAAGAAUUCAUCUUCAUUAAAGAUAGCUGCUUGCAAUGCUUCACAUUCUGCAGCAAUUCUUAUAUGA